CCCUUUUGUUCCUUCAUAAUAAUUAUUUUUUUUGUAGUAGUUUGCCUCAGUUUGAUUUUUUUAGAGGAUCUGUUAUAUUGAUAUUUUUCGUCUUUCUCUUUGGGGUAUUUUUUUUAUUGGAAUCAUGAGAAAUUUCUUAGGGGCAAAGGUGAUUUGGAGCUCUAAAAUAAAUUGAAUAGCCAUGCACUAUGAUACUUAUUUCCUUUAAACUUGGUUAAGAUAGUUUUUUUCUUCAAAGCAUGAACUGCAGAUUUUUGUUUUGCUUAUUUGAUCUAUAAAAGAUGUGGGACUUUGUUCCUUUUUGGUUUUACCCAUUCUUUGAAUAUAUGUAGAAAUUGACAUUGCUAUUUUCUAGAGUAAAGAUUUUUUGCUCCUUUUUUUGGACAAUAUCUUAAUCAUAUUCGACACAUACUAUUAGUCUUAUUCCAACCUGCAAUUCCCAUUCUUUGAUGGCAUUCCCUUGUACCCUAAUAUUUAUGUCAUUUUAGCAGUUUAAAUGUUAGCCUAUGAUUUUACAUAUCAUGCUUAUGGGUGUCGAUGGUUGCUGGAAUUAAACUUCGAUCUCUUUUCUAUAAGCAUCAUUUUCAUCCAAACUUUCUAGUUCUUCAUGAGGAGAUGACAAGCUUGAUGAACACGGGGACGCUUAUGAAACAAAGGAUAAUAAUGAUAUCUACUUGGACAAAGAUGGGAAAUAUCGUGAAAUGAAUAAUCGCAUGGAAACUAAAUCUGGGGUUAAGGAUUCUAUUCCUGCUUGGAUCAAGUUCUCUAUUCAAGCACCUGGUGAAAUCCCAUACAGUGGAAUAUACUAUGAUCCACCAGAAGAGGAAAAGUACGUAUUCAAAAACCCCCCUACAAAAAGACCAAAAUCACUUAGAAUUUAUGAAUCACAUGCUGGAAUGAGUAGCAUCGUAUGCAUCUCUCUUUUCCCUUGCAUGAAUUGUUAUUCCAGUCUUCUGUCAGAUUGCUUAACGGUUCUAAUUUAUUGUUACUUGCUAUCAUGCCAUAUUUUUUGUACUGUUUCUUCCAAUAUUUUAUAUGACAUGUUCCUCCAAGGCUUUGAGAAUGAAAAGAAAAGCAGGAGUUUUUUAUACUGAAAAAUCAUCUUGGUAUUAUAGUUAAAAACAUGCACUGGGAAGUGCAUCAAACUGUAUAGCUGUCUCAAGAAACCUUUUAAUUUUAAAAUGAGU